AUGGAACGGCAGGCAACUGGUGAAGUUCGUCAAGCUUGCGCCAAGCAUACAGCUGAGCUGAAGGGACGAGUGCUCACCUGCGGGGAGAGGUAUCUGCAAGACAGGAUACUGGUAGUUCUGCGGGCGGUGCCGGACUGCGGGACGUCGGGAAGUGAAAGCGCACGCGCGGGAUAUGUAGACGUACAGGACAAGGACACCAGGAGCGUGCAGGAGCUGCAGAGAGUGCGAAGUUCGUCAAGCGCGUGCCACGUAGACAGCUGGGCUGGAGGGAUGCUUGCUGACGGGCGAGAUGCUGUGGUGGUGGGUAGUCUGCAGCGAAAGGGACUGGGGGUGGACUGGUUGGCGGCGUUUGACGUUGAUUUGUGUGGGAUGGGGUCACGGGAGAGGCAUAUGCAAGACAGGAAGCUCGUAGGUGUGCGGGCGGUGCCGCGCUGGGCGAUAUUCGCCAGGGAGCGCGUAUGCGUGUCAUAUGUAGGCGAACAGGACGAGGGCAGGGCAGGCGUGGAGGACUUGCAGAGAACAGCUGAUCUGGAGGCGUGCGUGCUGCCGGGUGGUAUGAAGAGGAUGCGGUGGUGGCGUGUAGCGUGCAGAGAAGGGGGUUUGGGGGUAGUCUGGUUGGUGACGUCUGGGGUUGAGUUGUGCGGACUGGGGUCAGGGAAGAGGCAUCUGCAGGACAGGAAGCUCGCAGAGGAGAGACGAGUGCAAGACAGGGAGCUUGUAGCUGUGCAGGCGGUGCCGGUGCCGGACUGCGGUAUAGCGGCAAGGCAAUGCGUGUGCACGUGA